GCUCCCAACUAUAAGCCACAUCUGUUAAGCCCCUGCUGUACAAAGGGUCCCUACAGGUCUCAACCUGAGGACCUCAUCCCACUUUGGUACAUCCCCUGGAUGCCUGGCGCUCAGGCCAUCUUUGGGUCAUACAUGUGUCCCACCAACUCAGAAGCCUCAACUAGUGAAAGUUUUGUUUUGAACUAAUGGUAGGGAGGGUUGGGUUUGUUUUUUUUUUUUUUUAAUUGUCAUUGUAGGCUGAUUUUUUUAGAUCUUUUUUUUCUAUUCACCUUUUUUUUUUUCUUACCUUCACAAAGCCAUACCAUCAGGCCCCCUCUGGGCUUUUCCACAAAGGCCUGAAACCACUCUUGCAGAUGGGUUGGAGUGAACAAUGGAUGACAGAAUCCCAGGCUGGGAGCUGGGGACUGCAAGUUUCAGCCACAGCCUGUCAAGAGAGGCCCCUGGACACGUUUCCCCCAUUGAGCGUUGGUUGGAGGGGAUGCUCGCUGAGGUGAGGAAAUGCAGCCACCAAUCCUUGGACAACCUUAAAACUGCACAACCUUCAAACCUCCCCCCCACAGAAGAAUCUUAGAACCUCCCUGUAAUUGCACCCUAGAAUUUAAAACCUGAGACUGUUGGGCUCAAGGGAACUUGGGAGUUUCAAAGCCCGGUACCAAGGAAGGCAGGUCCUCUAUUCACCACCUCUGUGAUCUGGAACAAGUUUUUUGACUACUUUGUGCAUCUUCUCCACCUGUACAAUGGCCAUGAUGACAAGAUGGACAUCAACAGGCUUUGGUGAGGAUUGAAUGUGGCCAUUUCUGAGAAGUGUUCAGCACUGAGUCUGGCACACUGAGAAUUCAACAUAAAUCUCAGCUAUAGGGAUGUUGGCAGAUAUUUGGAAUCCUAAAACCUUGGAAAAUUGGAUUAUUUCUUUUUGAAGUCACAAAGAAAAUCGCAAAGGCUGAGGGCCUCGGCAGCAUCAGGCCAUGAUGUCCCUGACUACGUGAGAUUUGGGCUCUGUGAGGAUGUGUGCAUUAAUGCUAGGGUCCUGGUCAGGACCUUCCCUGUAGGGUGGCCUCUGGGUCAGAGCUCUUAGUCCCCGAGACAUGAUAGAAUGAGACUUUACUCCCUGCCCUCACCCAGUGAUGCUCAGUGGAUUCUGGAAGCCAGUGGUUCUCAGACUCUUUGAUUCUGUUAAUUGUAGGAGGUGGGGAGGACUCCCUGCUUUUUUCUCCAUGAAGUAACUUCUGUGCCCCUAACCCUCUGUGGAAAGAUGGGUUACAAGUUUAUCCAGAGUUCCUCUACUGUGGGCAGUAAGACUGAUGGUAACCAUAUUAAUUCCACCUAAGGGGAAACUGAGGCUUGGAGCAGGGCAAAGCCUCUGGAAACCCAGCCUUAUUCCCUCUCGCUGGUGUUUCCCACUCACACAUAUGGCUUUAGUGCCUUUCUUUUUUUUUUUCCCCAGAGAUCCUGAAAUAUCCUGUCAUUCACAGAGUAGUAUUUUUGCAUGCCGGUGAUGCCCCUGUGAUUUGAGUUCUUGUCCCUUGUUUUUUUCCUAACUCUACACACUUUUGUUUUAAAAACUGUGGUUUCUCAUGAGUCCUGUUAUCUCAUUGAUACCUCUCACCUCUGUGGUGAGGGGAAGAAAUCAUAUUUUCAGAUGAAUCUUAAAGGGCAAAGAAAAAAAACCAAAAUUUCCGUUUAAGUCUCAUAAUCAAGAAGAGGAGAAACAGAGCAAGAGAGAGAGAGAAAACUAUGAGAACCCCCCCCCACCCCGUGAUUAUCAGCACACACAGUCAUCGAAAAAAAAAAUUGGAUUAUUAGAAGAGAGAGGUCUGUGGCUUCCACACCGUGGGUUUUCUUCUCGGUAUAAAAGCAAAGUUGUUUUUGAUAUGUGACAGUUUCCCACAAGCCAGGCUGAUCCUUUUCUGUCAGUCCACUUCACCAAGCCUGACCUCAGACACAGACCCAAUGCCCAACCCCAAGCCAGCCAAGCCCUUGGCCCCUUCCAUGGUGCUCAACCCAUCCCCAGGAACCUCACCUAGCUGGAGGGCUACACCCAAGGCCUCAGACCUACUGGGGACCAAGGGCCCAGGGGCAACCUUCCAAGGCCGGGACCCCCGAGGUGGGACACAUGCUUCCUCCUCCUGCUUGAACCCCAUGCCACCAUCACAGCUGCAGCUGCCCUCAGUGCCCCUUGUCAUGGUGGCACCCUCUGGAGCACGGCUGGGUCCCGCACCCCACUUGCAAGCACUCCUCCAGGACAGGCCACACUUCAUGCACCAGCUCUCAACAGUGGAUGCCCAUACCCGGACCCCCAUGCUGCAGGUGCACCCAUUGGACAGCCCAGCUAUGAUCAGCCUCCCGCCACCCACAGCUGCCACUGGGAUCUUCUCUCUCAAGGCCCGACCAGGCCUGCCACCUGGGAUCAAUGUGGCCAGCCUGGAGUGGGUGUCUAGAGAACCAGCACUGCUCUGCACCUUCCCAAGCCCCAGUGCACCCAGGAAAGACAGGUCGGUGGGCAGGGCUGGGAGGGACCCUUGCCUUGCCACUCCUUCCCCUGACACCCUAUGUCCCCCCAGUACCCUUUCAACCAUGCCCCAGGGCUCCUACUCACUGCUGGCAAAUGGUGUGUGCAAGUGGCCUGGAUGUGAAAAGGUCUUCGAGGAGCCAGAGGACUUCCUCAAGCACUGCCAGGAAGACCAUCUCCUGGAUGAGAAGGGCAGGGCACAGUGUCUCCUCCAGAAAGAGGUGGUGCAGUCUCUGGAGCAGCAGCUGGUAAUGGAGAAGGAGAAGCUGAGUGCUAUGCAGGCCCACCUGGCUGGGAAGAUGGCCCUGACCAAGGCCCCAUCUGUGGUGUCAUCUGACAAGGGCUCCUGCUGUGUUGUAGCUACUGGCACCCCUGGCACCACCAUUCCAGCCUGGCCCAGCCCCCAGGAGGGCCCCAAUGGCCUGUUUGCUGUGCGGAGGCACCUCUGGGGCAGCCAUGGGCAUAGCACAUUCCCAGAGUUCUUCCACAACAUGGACUACUUCAAGUUCCACAACAUGCGGCCCCCAUUCACCUAUGCCACCCUCAUCCGCUGGGCCAUACUGGAGGCUCCUGAGAAACAGCGGACACUCAACGAGAUCUAUCACUGGUUUACACGCAUGUUUGCCUUCUUCAGAAAUCACCCUGCCACCUGGAAGAAUGCCAUCCGCCACAACCUGAGCCUGCACAAGUGUUUUGUGCGAGUGGAGAGUGAAAAGGGGGCUGUGUGGACCGUGGAUGAGUUUGAGUUCCGCAAGAAAAGGAGCCAGAGGCCCAGCAGGUGUUCCAACCCCAUCCCUGGUCCCUGACCUCAAAACCCAGGAAAGAAACAAGGACAGGGCCAAAAUGCCAGGCAAAAGUGGCCAGGGGCAGGGUUAACAGGACCUGGAUGUGCCCACAGGGACCAAGUAGUAUGUGUGCUGACUUGCCUGCCUGGGACCCUAUUACCCAGCUGACUAACCCCCUGGAUCUUAUGCUGUGUACCAAAGCUGCUCAGAGGGGCCCCAGCCCUGCAAACCCACCCCCAACUCCACUCCAACCCCUGCAACAGGCUCUCCAGGCAAACAAAGCCUUCACAAUCAACCACACACACAUCCUCCCUCAGUCAUUCACAGAUAACCUCAGGCUAGAAAAAACACAGGAGCUCACAAUACUGUCCGUUGGACUCCUUUACAAACUCUCAAAUAUGAGCCUGUCAGUACACUUAAAAUCUGCAGUUAUACAGACAGUCACACCCAAGUAGUCUUGUCAACACACAUACCCCAAAGCACACAGCCACAGCCCGCCUUCGAACCCUUUGGUGUACUGUUACAUGGAGUGUGUCUUGACACCCACAUAGAAGCAGCUUAGUGCUUUUAGGGUCUCAGGUCCUAGAAAGCCACAAUGACACAUACUGCUCACACAGUGUCUCACACAGCUCCUGACACAUAAGUUUGGUCACACAGCCCAUUAGAACUCACCUGCACACCAUACUCACACGGGUACAUCCA